AUGGCCCUGCUGGACGUCUGCUACCCCUUCGCCAGGAAGGCGGGCGUCGUCGCGCAGGUCCCGGCAGAAAAUAGCGCGGCGCCGCCCGUGUCUCUGCUGGCAGGAGACGCCAGUCUCACAUCCGGAGACUGUCUCGUCUUGCUCCUGCCAGGAGCGCUAGGCACUGCAAUCAACCUCUGUGGCGUGCGGGCCAUUGGGAGGCCGCUGGAGGUGCGCGAGGCCAAUGUCAAAGAGGCGGACGUUUGGAUCGGGCUCCCCAGGGUCCGUCCACGGGACUCCGCACAGCUUCGCGUGGCCGCCGGCGCCGGCGAGUGGGCGCUCUACCCCUGGGGCAUCAUCUCAGCCGAGGGAAGCCUUCUCUUGAAGGAUGCCAGCCCUCGCUCCGAGGGCGUUUGUCACAAAAGCAUCGACCGCAUUCAGCUUUUCGCUUCGUCGCCAGACAGCAAGGCCCUCUCUCAGCUUGCGAGCGCCUACUCGCUCGAGGGCCUGAUGGCCCGAUCCGAGACCGGGGAGGAGCCCUUUGCCACUCUCUGCUUCCUUGGUGGCCCAGGACCUGCCGCCAGCCUCGCGGAUGACCAGCCGUUCGCCGGGGUGGUCACCGGCAAGGCCGUACUGGGCAGUCCUGGCGCCUCGACGCCCUUCCGGGCCGAAGACCGAACGGCCACGGCGUUCCACCGACAAGCCGCGGCGCUGGUGAUGUUGUACAGCUCCUCCACGAUGAUGCCGAAGUCAGCAGGUGCCCUGGACACUGGGGCCGACUAG